AUGCCCGACAUCCUCCCGAGCAGCCCACAGGGCCAGGCCCUGCAGGCCGCCAUCCAGACCAAGCUCGCCCAGCUCGGCUGGUGCGAGGAGGACGACUCGGUCAUGGCCGAGUACUGCCUCGUCAUGCUCGGCAACCGCAAGACGGCCGACCAGAUCUCUGCCGAGCUGUCCGACCUCAUCGGCGGCGACUCGUUCGACCCGUCGUUCGUCACCUGGCUCUUUGACGAGGUCAAGAAGCACUACCCCGAGCCGGCCGCAUCCGCACCCGCACCUUCUGCCGCCGCCUCGUCCGCCCCGACCGGCCCCGCCGCCUCGUCGUCCCGCGGUGGUCCCUCGAACGGCAUUCCCGCGCGCCCGGCGGGCCCCAUCGGCGGCGGCCGCAACGUGUUCGGCGCCGCCGUGUCGGGCGUCAAGCGCGGCGCGGCAGAGCUCGACGGCGGGGACCGCCAGGGCCAGCGUGCACGGUUCGAUGCGCCGACGGGCCCGAGGGCAGGUGGCGGCAGCGGUGGCAAGGGCCUGUUCGAGCGCGUCGGCGGCAACAACCCGCAGUUCGCGCCCGGUCCUCGCGGCCCGAUGAACACGACGGGCAUGCCGCAGCCUGCAUUCGACGCCAUCACGCAGGCCGUCACGGCCAUCCAGAACGGCGCCCACCCGUCCAUCCUCGCCCAGAUCCCCUUCCCCGCCCUCGCCGCGCACCCGCUCGCCCAGCGCCUCCCGCCGCACAUCAUGGCCCAGGCGCAGGCCAACGCCGUGGCGCAGGCGCAGGCCAUGGCGGCCAUCCAGACCGUGUGGAACGCGCCGCCGGGCGCGUUCAACCCGAACGGCGGCGCCGGCCCCGGCCCCGCUCGCGGCGGCGCGCCCUUCAACCCGAACGCGCCCGCCUUCAACCCGGCGUUCGGCGGCGGUCCCGGCGGCCCUCCUCGCGGCGGUCCCGGUGCGGGUCCGAGCGGCGCCGGCGCGCCUCGGCCGAGUGGCCCGCCCGUCGUGCUGCCCAGCAAGCCGGCGCAGGAGCAGAUCUGCAAGCACGGCGUCGAGUGCACGAGGCCGACGUGCCCGUACUCGCACCCGAGCCCGGUCGCGACCAAGGAGAGCGGGCUCGUCCUGAGCAGCGACCCGUGCGACAAGCAGCUCAAGUGCGAGGACCCUGACUGCCCCAAGUCGCACGUCUCGAAGGCGCAGAAGACGCACCCGCCCUCGUCCGCCGCGUCGUCCUCCCCUGCCCCUUCCCGUCCUCCUCCUGCCGCCGCCACCGCCCCGAACCCGUCGACCAUCGCCGGCGCCGGUAUCAAGCCGUGCAAGUUCGGCUCGGCGUGCACCCGCCCCGGCUGCGUCUUCCGCCACCCGUGGGACACGCCCGGGCCGGGCGGCGCAGGGCAGCAGACGUGCCGGUACGGCGCGGCGUGCACUCGGCCCGACUGCCACUUUGCGCACCCGACGCGUCGGCCGGCCGCCUACAGCCGCAACCAGUUCUCGGCCACGUUCGGCACGUCGUCGUCGUCGUCGCCCGCGUCGGCGGCGCCUGGCUCGUCGGCGCCCGGCGCCACGGCGGCCAAGGGCGAGGGCGCGAUCGGCGCGUGGCCGAGCGAGAGCAAGGAGCACAUCUCGGAGCGGCUCAAGCGGUUUGCGGGUGGCGACGCGGCCGGCGGCGACAAGGAGCGGAUCGUGCCCGGCGGCGGCGAGGGCGAGAACGGCAAGGACGCCAACGGCGACGACAAGGUCGAGAUCAACCUCGACGACGACGAGGAGCACCACAAGAAGGAGGGCAGCGCGGCCAAGGCGUGAGCUGGAGCGAGUCCGUCGUGCCGUAGAGCGAGUCGUUCCUCUCUCUCUUUCCUUGUCUCUUCCCCUCCCUCCCUCUUCGUCCUGUGCGCUCUAUCGUGCCCUUUCGCCCUCGGUCAAUCAAAACGAUGUUUCUCUCCUCGUGCGGCGCCCGAGCACGGCGCCGCACGAGCCCUCCCUGUA